AUGGGUUCGACACAGUUUGGGAACUUUCAUAACUUUUGUCGCGACACCACCCUACCAGUAUGCAAUCUGUUCGUUCCUAGUAAUCAGCCGCCGAAUGGUGCUUUCGGGGGUUGCGCACUCAAAGGUAUUUCCCUUGACAACGGCAGAUAUCUGGGUAAUCUUGGCUCGAUUCUCCUCGCCUUCUUUGCCAUUAUCACCUGUCUCGCUUUGAUCCUGCUCUCGGAGAAAAAACGUGCUGCUGUCGGACGGAGGGAAAUCCAAUUGUUCUUACUCGGCUAUAUUAUUAUCUCCAUUUGCGAAAUAUUUACUGUUGGCGCAUUUCCCUUGGCGGAUAAUGUUCGCAAGGGCUUUUCUGCCGUUCAUGUCGCUGCUAUUACUGCUACAACGUGGAUUUUGUUCCUCAAUGCACUCGUUGGAUUUCAGAUUCUGGACGACGGAACUCCUCUUUCCCUAGGCCUAUUCGCCGGGUCAGGCGCUGCUCUAUUUAUCGGAACUGGAUAUAUCGCCUUGGACACUGGCUUCAGCUGGACCGGCCACUUUGACUCCAGUCUAUCUGGAAAUAAUCGUAAUAUCGGCCUCUACGUGCUGUACCUACUGUUCCCACUGGUCUGUCUCUUCUUUUUCUACGUCUUAGAAGCGCUUCUUGUCAUCCGUGUGUUGGGCGAGAAGAGACCAUUGAUCUACCUUACUGCUGCGACCCUACUCUUCGCCAUUGGCCAGAUCUUUAAUUUCGUGGUGAGCCCGCACAUAUGCAACCCGCUCAAUGGCAAAAUCAAUGGUGCGCUCUUUGAAACACUAUUCUCUUGGUUGUCCGUUGUAGGUGUGUGGCUAUUCUGGAGCAGCAUCACAGAAGACGACUGGCCAUCGGUAGCAGGCGGCUACAACUAA